UGCCGUCAGUUGAAGGCUUGUUUUGGAGAAAGUGAACGUUUUAGUAUAACGUUAGCUAGAUAGCAAGCUACAUGCUUAUUUUGUCAAAUAAUAACAGUAUUUAUUACUUAAUAGAUUGUGGGGCGUGAUUUAGCCAUUUCUAAAGGUUGCCAUAAGAUGUUGUCCUCCCGUAUUUCCAGCUGGGAUGUGCCACGGUGGAACUAGAAUGAUGUUAGUGGACACAAUGCUAGCCAGGCAACAUGGACCACAGGAGGCCUUUGGUGUUAUGGAGAAGAUGCCACAGGGCAGGAAUUAUCAGUGUGUCACAUGCUUGAAAUGUUUUUCCGCCCCAUCCAAGCUACAGAGGCACAUCCUUUCACACACAGGACAACGACCAUUUGGGUGUCACCUCUGUGAAAAGGCAUUUCGGCAACUAGCACACCUGAAACUCCAUCUUAACACACAUCUUUAUCCAAAACGAACUGAACAGAAGAAGAUGAAUGUAAAGUCUAGCUUGCAUCCAAGUGGAUAUGAAAAUACCCCUCCUGCAAAGAUAGACAACUCAAAAGCAUGUUUGCAGACAGGCUCCUUGGACCCAGUCGGUGCAGAGGACACAUUGGAGGUAGACAUCAGGCCUACUGGACCUGUCCACAUAAUUGAGGAAAACUCUCUCUGUUCCCCUCGCUGUAUCGCUGAACUAUAUCCCCCACACUCUGAGGUUGAGAGGUUUGAGAAGCAGCACACAGAAGAGGAGCCAAUUGGGAACCACGAUGACUGGAGUGAACCUGAGAAACAGACACUGCAUGAGGAUAGAUCCCCCAGAGAUGAAACAGUGGACAAACAAACAAAAAUAAUUGAGAAUUCAAACUCUCAUAAAUGCCCUGAGUGCUUUAAGUGCUUCAGCGCCCCGUCCAAAUUAAAGAGGCACUGCCUGAUUCACACAGGCCAGAAACCAUUCCAGUGCUACCUAUGCCGGCGUGCUUUUAGGCAGCUGGCCCAUCUUAAGGUACACUACAGCAUUCACUCAGGGGUCGCGAAGUCUAGAAGUCUCAAAUCUUUCUCUCAACCCCAGAGGUCAAAAACCUGGCCAAGGAACUAUCCAUGUAACAUUUGUGGCAGGAGAUUUAAACAGAAGAGACAUUUGAUAGUUCACCAGCAAACUCAUCAUGGUCCAGAUACUGCUGUGCACCCUGAUAAGUUAGAUAAUACGAGUAAGGCCUGCCUUCCAACUCACACUGACCAUGCUUCCCAAGUAGAUUUCUCAAACUCUGAAAAUGCUAUAGCGUACAAUACAGAGCUGAAUGAAAAGUGUCAGAUACAUGUUGUUGAAGGUUUAGACAUCUUAUCUGAAGAAUGGCAUAACAGUGCAAAGCAUGCGUCACAGGACAUUGACCUCACUCGCUCCUCAGACAGAAACAAUAAGUCAUCUGUGUCUAAUCGCUCUGACCGUACAAACACAGGUAAGGUAAGGGAAAAUCAGUGCAUGCUGUGCCUAAAGAAGUUUGACUAUCCCUCCAAACUCUCCCGACAUCUAUUGGUCCACAUGGACAUCAAGCCGUUCGGAUGCACCGUCUGUAGUAAGUCUUUCAGACAGCUCUGCCACUUACAGAAUCACAUGAAGGCGCAACACGUAAAAAGCGACAAUGUUUUGAAAAGUGUAGAAGAUGCUCCCGACCAACCAGGUGUUAUUCUAUUAAAGGACAAGUCUGUUUCUGAGAUGAGGAGAAAUCAAAGUGAACAUUUAGACCAAGUUUCUCAACCUCAGGAAGGCAGCAGAGACAUCAGUGAAGUUGGUUGUUUUCUAAACCAGUAUGUUCUACCUGUCAGACCUACCUUAAGUCAUUGCUCCACUGACAGUCUCUACAACUAUGGUGCUCAACAACCUACAUGGAACUCCAGUGGGAAGCUGCUACCUGGAUUGGACUGUGAUACAGUAAACAGGAAGUCUGCAGAGCAGCCUGUGUCUCUCAGACAAGGGCAUAACACAGACUACACAAAUACCAGUGAUGUGUUUGAAAGCACACCAACACACCAAUCACUGGUAGGCAUAUCUAAACAAAGGAGUUGCAUCUUUCAAAACAAACCCACAAUCCAUGGCAGAGGGCGUUAUAGUUGCCCAAUUUGUUCAAAGCGCUUUGAUGCUCCAUCCAAGCUACAGCGGCAUUCCCUGAUCCAUACAGGACAGAGGUCCUAUCAGUGCCACACUUGUCUCAAGACAUUUAGACAAAAAGCUCAUCUGAAGGUGCACCAGUCUGUUCAUGAACAAAGAAAAGAGGCUAAACCCUCUACUAGUCAUAGUGAAGACCGAGAAACCAAGUCUUUCUCAAGACCAAAAAGGACCCCAUCUUCAAAUGAAAAGGAUGUAGUCUUUUGUAAUAGGAGUCAGAAGACAUCACGUGACAGUGAUCUCUCUGCUGUCCCUACAACUCAAUCCGACUGCCCUCUGACAAACAACAUCAACAGCCCACCACCGACAUCUGUUGCACCUAGGAAAUUGGGGGGGUACCAGUGCAUGGCCUGUCUAAAGAAGUUUGACUAUCCUUCUAAACUCUCCCGACAUCUCUUGGUCCACAUGGGCAUCAAGCCUUUCAGAUGUGCCGUCUGUAGUAAAUCCUUCAGACAGCUCUGCCACCUACAGUCUCACAUGAAGGUCCACAAUAGUAAGACCACACUGCAUGAGGAGGGUCAACAGAGGAACAUCAACUUGGCUCAUCUGGACAACAUUCCCCCUGAGGCUGGGGUUGUUUCUGAGGGACACGUCUUUGCAGCAAGUCUUCAUCCAGAUGAACCAGGCCCAAGUCAAACUUUUGGAAAUAACAUACAAAAUAGUAAUGGUGGUGAAUCCUUAUCUCACUACUGUUCAACAGAAAGCAUGAACCAAUCAACAGAAAUCAUCAGAAAGAAUGAAACAACCCCAACCCCUGAACAGUCAGAAGACAUGAAAAGCAUGAAGUCAGAAAACAACUGCCUAGUGGAGCAGAAAUGUAUCUCACCUCCUCAACUGACAAAGAGCACUUGGAAUAUUGCUGAAGAGAAACAUGUGGACAAGUUUCCCUCGGAUGAAUAUUAUGGACAGCAAAACCACCCCCUGAUUCCCAACUGGUUAAACCCCUAUCCAUAUCAACAAGAAACCGCAAAUAACAAACAGACAUAUCCAAUUGCUACUCACCGUAUUCCUUACCUGGAGGAACCAGGAUCCAGCCACAGUGACCAACCGGAAAUACCAGUUGAUGUGAAUCACAAGUUAAAUCUAUAUCAAUCCCCUUUAGAAUCUCCUAGCACUAAUUCACAAUAUGAAGCUAAAGAGGAGGAAAGGUUGGAGGUUGGGCUUAGGUCAGAGUUUAACGUUACAUACAAGUCAGAACCUCCCAACGACCUUCAAGGCUGCUCAGACUGUAGUCAGUGUUUUACCACCAAGGGGAAACUGAAUCAUCACAGGUGUUCUCCAAGACAUUCAGUUGAAGAGAGGCAGGCGAGCUCAUAUCGGUGCGCUAUCUGCUUCAAAAGCUUCGAGGCUCCCUCGAAAUUGAAAAGACACUAUGUUAUCCACACAGGCCAGAGGCCAUUUCAGUGUACAGUGUGUGGAAAGGCUUUCACCCAGGCAGGCCAUUUGAAGACACACCUGCAGAUCCACAGGUAAAAGACUUGGGACAUUCACCUACUGUAUAACGAAUCUAAUCACAGAUCUCCACACACUCGUAUCUUACUUAUAUUUACCAUUGUCCUCUACUCUCUAACAUUAGCUUUUUGAAUUGCAGAAUAUACCUUUUAUUAUGUAUAUUUUUCUGCCUUUCUAUUCUGUCUUAUUUUCUUGAAGUGGCUUUUAUAAAUGGUAUUAUAUGGUUUAAUGACUUUGUACUAUAUAGUAAUGUACAUGUGGUGUAUUAAUUGGUUUUAACAAUCUGCCUAUUUACAGUGUGAUAUUGCAUGUUUUUGUGUUGCCUGCAUUAUGAAUAUGUAAAUAUGACAGCAGUCGAUACUUCUGUUUCACACACAAAGUAUACACUAGUGCAAAUGUGUCUUUAAGGCAAUACUCUGGCUGGCCAUGGCAUUAUGGUGCUAGUUGGUUAUAGCUCAAAGAAAAUACAUUUUGGGUAGGUCUUGUUUUUGGAACUGAGAUAGGCAUCAUUUAUUCUGAAAAACAUUCUGAAAAAUGUUGAGAGGAGACUACCUAAGCUGGAUCAACGCCAUCAGAUAACUUGGGAAGUUGUUUCAUUGUGACUUGCAGUACCACCUAUUCACACAAGAUGGCAUCAUGUCUAUUUGUUUUGGUUGGUUGAGAUGCGGUUGGUUAAGGAGAAGCUUCUGACUUCUAAUGACCGAUGUUAUUCGGGGGGGACACUUCAGUGUGAAAUAAACCGUUUUUUUACAUGGUACAUUUUCUGUUUGACAUUUAAAUACAUAAUCAUACUGAUUUA